GCAUUCCUGAACAGCACUCAGUGUGUCCAGCCCUCAUGCUUAAUACGGCGCUGAAGGCCGGUGUGCGCGCGACAAAAACGUGCAAAUAAAGGGGCUCCACCAGCGGUUCGGCUUCCGUCAAGCCUGUUGAGGUUUUAUCUCGAGCCAGUGGGUCGACCGACGGAGUAAUAAAUCGUCCGCCACAGCUCAAAGCGACGAUGUCGGAGUUCCUGGUAAGUCUGCUUGGAGAGCGGCUCGUUACCGGAGAGAAAGCCGAGGUGGACGUGCACGCGCUGGGCGGCGGGCUCGCGCUCGUCGGCCUCUACUUCGGCUGCAGCGUGAACGCGCCGUGCCGCCAGUUCAACAGCAGCCUGGCGGACUUCUACUGCCACUUCAAAACAUCCUCCGAGCACAAGGACAAACUGGAAAUUGUCUUCAUCUCGUCCGAUCAGGACCAGAAACACUGGCAGGACUUCUUGCAGGAGAUGCAAUGGCCGGCGUUGCCUUUUAAAGACAGACACAAAAAGAUGAAGCUGUGGAACAAGUACAAGGUGACCAGUAUCCCCUCACUGGUGUUUGUGGACGCAACAACGGGGAAGGUGGUGUGUCGCAACGGCUUACUAGUGGUGAAAGACGACCCUAAAGGUCUCGAGUUCCCGUGGGGGCCGAAGCCCUUUGCAGAGGUGGUGGCCGGACCUCUGCUCAGUAACAACAGGCAGCCGACAGACAGCAGCACUCUGGAGGGCUCCUACGUGGGGGUUUACUUCUCUGCUCACUGGUGCCCUCCCUGCCGCAGUCUUACCCGAGUGCUGGUGGAGUCUUAUCGGAAAGUUAAGGAGUCUGGACACAAGUUUGAGAUUGUGUUUGUGAGCGCUGACAGAUCAGAAGAUUCCUUCACGCAGUAUUUCAGCGAGAUGCCAUGGCUGGCCGUGCCAUACACAGACGAGGCCAGGAGAUCCCGCCUCAACAGACUCUACGGCAUACAAGGCAUCCCCACACUGAUUUUUCUGGACACGGAGGGUCACAUGAUCACGCGGCAGGGCCGGGUGGAGGUGCUCAAUGACCCGGAAUGCCAUCUUUUCCCCUGGCACCCGCGGCCUGUUCUGGAGCUCAGUGAGUCCAACGCCGUGCAGCUCCAUGAAGGUCCCUGUCUCGUCCUCUUCGUAGACGCAGAGGAGGAGGGAGAGCUUGAGCCAGCCAAGGAGCUCAUCCAGCCAAUUGCUGAGAAGAUCAUGGCCAAGUACAAAGCCAAGGAUGAGGAAACCCCACUGCUCUUUUUUGUGGCUGGAGAGGAUGACAUGAGCGACUCUCUGCGCGAUUACACCAACCUGCCUGAGGCGGCGCCACUGCUCACCAUCCUGGACAUGUCAGCCCGGGCCAAGUACGUCAAAGACGUGGAGGAGAUCACGCCGGCCGUGGUGGAGCAGUUUGUCAGUGACUUUCUAGCCGAGAAGCUCAAACCGGAACCAAUAUAAAGCUGGACAAUUGGACAUCUCCCAUCAGCCCCGUGACUUCCACUUCCCUCCCUCUCCUCCUGUGGGACUCUGAGAUGCUUCACUUUGUACUGACUCGUUUUUUUUUUUUGUUUUGUUUUUUAAAACAGACACUAACCCCCACAUCCCCGGGGUUGUUUCCUCUCUCCUCCUGUGGUGCCUUGCAUAUUUACAGCCUGGAUGGUAAAAAGAGUUUUCUCUUGUUGCAGUACAUGUCAGAGCUCAGAAUGUAGAUGAAACCCUACAGCUGCAGGACACUCGGAUUUAGAACACUCGUUUUAUUUUAUUAAAAACGACUAAAACAUG